GUCUGGCCUGGCGUAUUAAACGUUGCCACAGCGGACAACAUUCGCUCGCGUUUGCUUUAAAACAAUUACGGCGUUACGUUUCGGUUUUUUAUUUAUUUAUUUUUCUUAUAUUGUUUGCAACAAGAACAAAAGGUGCAUACAUAUAAUUAAAGGAACCAAAAAUUACAUGCAUACAUUGUAUGUAUGUAUGUACAUAUAUGUGCUUACAUUCUAGACAGUUGGACUUUGAUUAAUAAAAUUGUUGUAAAAUUGAGAAGCCCGAACAAAAGUAGAAGCCUAAAAAGAAGGAAGGUGAACGAGAAGAAUUCGAAAGCAUAACAAGCAAACGACAGGUGCAGAACCUCGACUAGGACCAGGAAGUAGUCACAAUUAGUAAGCCAACAUGGUCAAUCAUCACUCCAAUGGUGGCGGCAGCGCCGGAAAUAGCAGCGGAGGUGCCCACGGCGGAGGAGGAGGAGGCGACUAUUCCGGCGACGAUCGCAGUGGGGGCGAGGAGCGGGAGCGCCUGGAUGGCAUGGAUCUACAUGACAAGCCGACAUACCUGCUAGAGCAUCUGGCUACUUUCACAGUGAACAAGGAAUCGGGCAUUGUGUAUCCAGCUGAUGGAAUGCGGCGGCUGCUGCAGCUGGAGAAGACAACAGGCAUUUGGUCACAAAAGAUGCAGUUGUGCUUGGACUAUCAGUGGGUGCUCAUCAUGGACUAUGAGACGGGGAAUAUCAUUGAGCGCUUUCCGGCGUCACUUGUCCAGGAACCGACGGCUUUCACCUCCAACGACGCCAUGGAGCUCUACAACAACAUACUGGUCUUCAUAGUCUCGGGCGGCGGUGGCUCCCGAUCGGAAAUGCACAUAUUCCAGUCACAAAGCGUGUCUGCCGUUCACCUUGUGGAGGAUCUAAAGCAGCUGCGUAGCGGCAAGAUGAUCACACAGCAGCGCGGUGCCACGCCCACGCAACAUGCUGGCGCCUCCAGCUCUAGUAUGGCCAUGAUGAUGAGCAAGACUUCGUCAUCAUCAUCCCACAGUCGUGCUGAGCUUCAUCAUCGCGAGCAGCGAGAUCGAGAGCGUGGCAGGGAUCGUGAAAGAGAAAGAGAACGUGAGAGGGAUCGCGAGAGAGACCUUCAACAUCAACACCAACAACAUCACAUGCACCAACGGAGCAGCGUUGAUCAGUAUGGCAUGCGAGCUGGAUCCGGUGCUGGCGAUGCCCGAGGUGGAGGCGUAACUGAGGUCGACUUAGGUCACAAUGGCGAAACGGAUUCGGAGCAUGGCGGCGGCAAUGAUCGCGACGAAACGAGCUCCACAAGCAGUGAGAAGUACGAGCGUGACGUGGCGGUCCUCAACCAUUGCUUUGACGACAUUGAAAAGUUUAUCGCACGCCUGCAACAUGCGGCUGCUGCAUCACGGGAAUUGGAGCGACGUCGUCGCAAUCGCAAGUCGAAGAAACGUGAUCCUGGCGAGGGUCUGCUUACGUUGAGGACACGCCCGCCUCAUGAAAAGGAGUUCGUGGACAUCUUUGCCAAAUUUAAGUUAUCUUUCAAUUUGCUGGCCAAGUUGAAGGCACACAUCCACGAUCCGAAUGCGCCGGAGCUGGUGCACUUUCUGUUUACUCCAUUGGCUCUGAUCGUGGAGGCGUCCAGUGAUACCUACUAUGAGUCACAGUUGCCUUCGCGUGUAAUCAAUCCGCUGCUGACACGGGAGGCCAUCAAUUUGCUCAUCAACUGCGUGACUAGCAAGGAGACGGAACUGUGGCGAUCGCUGGGCGAUGCCUGGGUAAUUCCAAGGGAUCAGUGGAAAGAGGAUGUCGGCUCAUAUCAUCCAGUUUUUCUUGAUGGUUGGUCACCCGAUUACUUAGUCAUCGAUGAACUGGAAACCCCAUCUCCAACUCAAGUGAGCAAGCGACGCCUUGAAGUGCAAGCUGGUCCUGGCCACGGAGGAUCAUCCGGAUUGGGCCUCAAUGGGCGAGGCGCUGCUGCGAGUGCAUACGAUGAUUAUGACACUAAUGGCAUCGGCAUCUCCCUCAGCGAAAAGUACACUAUUCAUCAUGGCAACGAUCGGGAACGAGAUCGAACUGGGGCCAUCAGCGCCUCGGACUUUAACGCUCGCAGCGAGCUCUCUUUCGAUUCGAUUGAACGCGGUAGCGGAGCUGGAGUGAAUUCGUCUAGCGCGGCUACCCAUGGACAUGGACAUGGACCAGGAGCGGGUCCCACCCUUAGCGCAAUAACAGCGGGACUGCAAAACCUGCAUACGCGAGACUCGCGCAAUGCGAGCGGAGGAGGCGGUGGCGGAGGUAACUAUGGAGCAGUGGCUGGUGGCGCCUCAGAGAUAUCAGUGGCAACAGCGCGUGGCGUCGGCAGUCCCAAUGCUAGCGAGGAUCAGCUGUUGGAGGCGUGGCUUGAGGAUCUGCAGUCAGCGGGUGCCAAAGUUGUGCUGGUCACCUACCCGCGCACCGCCAACAACGACAAGGAGUUGAGCGUUAUGCGUGGCGAAUACUUGGAGAUUCUCGAUGACACACGCAAGUGGUGGAAGGCGCGUAACAUGCGAGGUCAGGUGGCUCAUGUGCCCCACACAAUUGUCACACCCUUCAAUUAUGGCGACGGCGAGGGCAACGCCUCUCAGUUCUAUGGCCAGCAGCAGAUGGGAGCAGCUGGCAAGUCCCGUCAUCUUGCAGGCGGCAAUAUGGAUAACGCAAAUAUGGAUCAACGCUCUCCGGAUGCCACGGAUAUGAUGCGCAGCAAGCACUUGGGCAAGAAAGGCGAGUUUCGUUACUUUUAGAGAGACAAACGAAGACAACGACUUAGAGAAAGCAUACCUAAAUAUGCCUAUGAGAUAGGAUUGGAGAGCGACGAAAUGUUUCUAUUCAUCGUAUCACUGUUUCUAUUUGUAUAUGAAACUCAAAACUAACCGUAAGACUAACGUAUAAGUUAUAUUUCGUUGAGUGGACCCGGCCGGCAAAACUGCAAUUAAUUGUUUGAAUAAAGCCUUGUCCUUGCAAUAACUAAAGGAACCCCAAA